CGUGCAUGUAAACGUCUUUUCAUUUACUUGAAGUUAUCACUCAUUUCUAAAAGAUGGUUGGGUACAUUUUUGUGACUUUUCUUGUAAUCGGUGCAUGCAAUGCAACAAACAAAGAAUUCGAAAUUCCACAAAUUGCAUUCAGGAAAAUAAAUGAAAAUGAUGAUGCUUUGGCACCAAAAGAUAUCAUUGCAAGUCAUGUCGUUUACAGUGCGAUUGAAUGUUCAUUUCAAUGUCAUCGAGAGAAGAGAUGUGUUGGUUUUAACUAUCUAGAUAUGGCUAAAACAUCUGAGAUAAACUGCCAUAUUUCCAACGCAACAACCACAAGCAGAGUGAAGACAGUGCUUGUGAAAGAAAAAUGGACUUUUUAUCAAGCCCUUUUCAAGACGGGAGAAAAAGGGGACGGUCAAUCUACAGAAAAAAAUAUUACAUCAAACUUGAAGCAGAGCGCUUCGUCUGAAGGAAGUGGUCUUGACAAUGGACUUACAAAGGAAAAAGACUGUGCAGAUCUUUACAAAAAAGGUGAAAAAAAGAACGGAGUUUAUGAAAUUGAUCCUGAUGGCCAGGGUACAUUCAGUGUCUUUUGUGAUAUGAAGUCAUCUGGUGGAGGUUGGACUGUGUUUCAACGUCGUCAAGAUGGAAGUGUAAACUUCUAUCGAGGUUGGAAUGACUAUAAGAAAGGAUUUGGUAAUCUUACUUCUGAAUUCUGGCUUGGAUUGGAUAAAAUAUACCGACUAACAUCAGCCAAGAGAAAUAAACUUCGUGUUGACCUGGGAGACUGGUCUGGAAACAAAGCAUAUGCUGAAUAUGAUUAUUUUGCUGUAAAGAAUGAAAGUAAAAAAUAUCAACUAAGUCAUGGAGCAUAUUCUGGAAAUGCUGGAGAUUCAUUAUCUUAUCAUAAAAGCAUGGCGUUUACAACAAAAGAUUCAGAUAAUGAUAAACGUGUAGAAAACUGCGCCAUUGUCCACAGUGGUGCUUGGUGGUAUAAUGGUUGUCAUGCAUCUAACCUGAAUGGACACUACUAUCGUACAGCAACCAACAGUUGGAGUGGUGUGAACUGGAAUAGUUGGAAAAAAAACUAUGGAUCCUUAAAGUUUACUGAGAUGAAAAUAAAACCAUAAAGAAUUUCCAAAGACUGCGAUGUUAUAAAUUUGAUCAUUAUUUCUAAUGAAACUUUCAACAUAUAAUAAAAACAUUUUAGAUUUUAUCUCUUUUAAAAGAACCUUUAUAAUCAUUAUCAUUUAAAAAAGCGUUGAAAAAUUGUUAAAAAUGCUGUGGUGAAAUAAUAUUUUCCCUAAAAAUUAGAGCUAUUUAGGUAAUUAUAUGACUGUAAUGUUACGUCUUUUCACUCAUUUCUUUAAUGAGAUGUUGCUCUGUAAGUAGCUAAUUCUAUCUUUUCGCCACGUUCCACGCAAUCUUGAUGUAUCAUGCAUUUCAUGCAAUUAUCUUACAUCAUUUUUCACUAUGUAAGCAAUGUCACUUUUGAUUGGUAAACUACCUGCAAAUAAUUGUAGAUAUCUGUAGGUAAGACGUCUAUUUACAAAUAACAGUUUGUCAUUGAAA